UAACCCACAACUACCGAGCAUUUGGUGCGAUUAAUAUGCAAUCCCUCUAAAAAUUGCAGCAAUUGAUUAUUUUCGGUUCCUUCAGACAUGCAUUCAAGCGAAGCUGUUCGUUUUCAAGAUCGUAUCGAAUAUCCAGUGCUUUUAAGAUAUUAACCAGUUAAGUGUGGAAUUUAAUUUGAAAAAUCUCUCAUUGUGCGCGCAAUAAAAUCAAAUAAUGAAGUGUAUACUCAUUAAAUGCAGGCCAAAUGCACUUAAAAUAUAUCCUAACGAAAAACUAAAGCGAAGAAGAAUUACACGUUUGUUUCAAAAAAUAAUCCAUCGUUGAAAAAGUUAGCACCAUUAAGUGUUUUAUGAAACACAAAUCGGAACCGGUUAUUUUGACUGAUACAGUUCUAGUGUUGAAGACUUUUAAGUAACGUUUUUCAGCUACGAAAAUUCAUUCAACAGAAACUAUACGUGUAUUCGAUCCGAAAAUAUUCAAGCGAAUAAUUAUUUUUUUUCGGACCUUCGAAGUUUCUCGAAGCUCUGAAAGAAACUCGCGUGCGCCUAUAAUUCCGCAGCGUCCCGGAAUCCGAUAAAGCUUGCCGGAUUCCCUGGCUCGUGCCGCGACCCGAUAGCCGGCGCUCGCGCGAGCCAAUAAACGUUACGUUAUCUCGCGAAAAUUUUCUGCCCCCUUUCCCGUCCGGCCAUCAAUGGAAUCCCGGGGAAAGAAACAUUGUUCCCGCUUGGCUCCCGCUUAUCGGCCCUCGUUGCCACCCACUUCGAGCUGUCCGUGCUUGUCUCCGUCCGUACCAGCCGAAGACUAUCCGGUUUGACAAGCUCUUCCAUCCAUCGACCUGCGAAAUUCUGUCCGAGCGAAACCGGAGAAUUCUUUAAACUUACGUAACACGCUCGACGUUCUACAUAUUGUAAAACGUAAAACUAGCGAGAAGCAAGAAAAUAUUGUCAAUACCUCGGAACUCCAUUCGGGACCGUGAACGAACAUUUAUAGAAGCUUUAAUCAUUGCUGUAAAGUUCAUACGUUGCAAUCGAUUUCAUUCGAAAAGAAAAGCUCAUCCAUCAACGUCCUUAAAUUUCUACGAACCCGCAAUUCGUUCGAUAUUCCUCGAAGUGCUUCCACUGUUCAACAUUUAUAGGAUGCUCCAAUGAUUUCCCACGAAACCUACUGAAACACGUCCACCCAAUUUCCAGAAAACUGUGCCGUGCGAUUUUCAAGGGCGCCGGGCUCGUAAUGUCGUUAACAGUUUUAUUCCCGCAGAACGAUCAUUAUCUGUUCGCGUGGCAAUAAAGCGACUGUAUAUCAAAAAAUCGGGGCAAUUCCUGUCCAUUAAAGUCGCUCGCCUGCGGACCCGGCGUUUCAGCUGCUCGAUAUUCUCAGGUAAUUAGAUCGGGGUCGUAAAAAUCGUUCGCCGGCGAUAACCCGGCCGGCGGCCAGGCAUUCCGCGCCGGGGUAUCGGCUUAAGCUCGAGGCACCGCCGCGCGGUGCAGAAAGUUCGACGUCGGUCUCGGGCAGCCAGGGAUAUAUGUUAUUUCCAUCGGGAACGCGGGCACCGUUGUAAACAUGCAAAUACCGCAGUUACGUCAAACGAGGAGUGCCGCCUCGGAACUAUAUUGUGUAAAUAACAGUGGCACCGCGUCGCACGCGUCCGCUCCCGUCGUUUUUCGCAGCCAGCGACAUUAGUGCGGCCGCAUUAUUCACGGGCGCCGCGCCGUGUGUGCCGCGAUGAGCGAGUGCAGCGCAGACACGCCGGAUCUAACGUACGCGGAGGGCGGCCACAAUUGGCGGAGCAUAAUCUUCUCGCUGCUGGUCAUCGGCUUCGUUAUCGCCGGGAUCGUCACGGCCAUUUACCUUCUCGGGUACGUCGACGAGCUGCUGUACUGGAGCGGCAGGCGCCUCACGUUAGACGAGUGCCUUCGUGAUGAUCUGACACCGCACAGGUUAACACCGACCUGGGUUUCCCACGACAAGUUUGUCUACCAAGCUGACGACGGCUCCCUCACUCUCCUGGACACCAAUAACAAUUCCGUGUCCCUUCUUGUCUCCAAUCACACGCUCAGGCAGCUGAACGUUCAAGGAUACCAGUGCAGCGCCGACCUGCGUUACGUGUUGUUCAAGCACAAUGUCAAGCCGGUGUUCAGGAAUACCUUCAGCGCUUUCUACACAGUCUACGACGUCACGAACGACCACCACACGCCGCUCCGGCUGCACAUGUCGCGAAGGAUCCAGCAGUCGCGACUGCAACACGCCGCCUGGCUGGGCAACACGUCCGGUCUCCUGAUGAUAUCCGAGAACGACAUUUACGUGAGAAUGGCGCCGUCCGCGUCCGAGGACGCACGACUGACCGACACAGGUGUUCCCGGCGUGAUCUACAACGGUGUGCCCGAUUGGCUCUACCAGGAGGAGGUGUUGCCGCGGCCCGAGGCCGCCUGGCCGAGCCCGGACGGCACGCAUCUCCUCUACGCCGCGUUCAACGACACUAAGGUCACUGCCUUGGAGUUCCCAUGGUUUGGCACACAGCCAGGUCAAGACGGGCCCAGUUCCAGCCCGCUGACCGCGACCAGAAGAGGAUCAUUCCCGCCCUCCAAGUCCGUCAGAUACCCAACCCCCGGAUCGAACAACCCGGAGGUCGAACUCUGGCUGCUGGAGCUCGCCAACACGACCAACUCGAACGGGACCGGGACUACGAACGCCACCGUCAGCUCGAGGACUAGGCUGAAGCCACCGUCUGCCUUGGAUGGACAGGAGUACUACCUAAUAUCCGCCGGCUGGGUGGGCGACGACUCCACCCAAGUCGCGGUCGUCUGGAUGACAAGGUCUCAGAAUCUUUCGCUGGUGUCUGCCUGUCGCGCACCUUCGUGGGAAUGCGAGGAAACCCAUUCGGAGAGAGCGCCGGAAGGACAGUGGCUGGAUGCUCAACCUCAUCCUCUAUUCGCCCCCGACGGCGACAGUUUCUUAUUAUUAGCUUCCGUUCAGGAAGGAGACAAAGAACAUUUCACUCACAUCAAACACGUGACCCUUACCCAGCAGAGGAUAGCAGUGCUCUCGCACGGUCGUUACGAGGUAAGCGAGAUCUUAGCCUGGGACACCAAAGCCCACCUGGUGUACUAUUUAGGCACCAGAGAAAGAAGGCCAGGCCAGAGACACCUGUACGUGGUCCGCGACCCCACUGCCGACGAUCCCCGUCGCCUGGAACCGCUCUGCGUGACCUGCGACCUCGGCGAAGUGCUCUGGAGCAGCAGGUUUUAUUACACCAACUGCACGCACUUCAGCGCAUCCGUCAGUCCGGCGAUCGGCGACGACACUCAGGGUUACUAUGUUCUCCACUGCGAAGGCCCGGGCCUUCCUCUGGCAGGUAUUCACUUGAUGAGCUCGCACAAGAUGCUCCGUUUGCUCUACGACACCAGGAUCCAGCGAGGGGAUAAGCUGUCUCAGCUGGCGUUGCCGACUCGAAGAAGCUUCGAGGUGCCGCUGCCUCAAGGCUGGAAGGCUCAGGUGCAGCUCCUGCUGCCCCCUUCGUGGCGCGAGGAGCUGAGGGACGCAGCUUUCCCGGUUUUGGUCGAGGUGAACGGUCGGCCAGGUAGCGAGGCCGUUACGGAUCGCUUCAAGAUCGACUGGGGCACCUACAUGUCCAGCCACAACGACGUGGUGUACGUCAGGCUGGACGUCAGAGGCGCCAGAGGUCAAGGGAAGAGGGAUCUCUUCAGGAGGAUCGGCGGAGUCGAGGUUCAGGAUCAGCUGACCGUGUUGAGACACCUGCUGAAGACCUUGAAGUACCUCGACGUGACGAGGGUUGGAGUGUGGGGAUGGGGAUACGGUGGAUACGUGACCGCCAUGGUGCUGGGGAACCAGGAGAACGUGUUCAAAUGCGGCGUCGCUGUGAAUCCUAUCGCGGACUGGCUCUAUUACAAUUCCGCGUUCACGGAGCGAGUCCUUGGCGCUCCAGCCGAAAAUUACAAGGGUUACGUGGAGGCUGACCUGACUCAGCGAGCUAGGCUCGUGCCGAGCCACAGCCUCUACCUUCUUCAUGGUCUAGCUGACCUCACCGCGCCUUACACGCACGGCGUCGCCUUCGCUAAGGCUCUGUCCGAAGCGGGAAUCAUCUUCAGGUACCAGAGUUACGCGGACGAAGACCACGCCUUAUCAGGCGUGUUGGAGCACGCUUAUCGUUCCAUGGAGGACUUCCUCGCCGAGUGCCUCUCCCUGGACGCGUCCUAGUGCCUCAAGCCGGAUACUCCCUCGUUGUCUCUAGCUCGCCUACUUCCGACACAUCCAGGACGUCCGUGGAUGCUCGUCAAGAAGGCUCACCGAUUAGUCUGGUCCGGGUGGAUCGUUCCCCGAAGCGUCCGCGUCGUCGUCCGCGUGGAUCGUUCGUCGAACCGGACGGUGGACACGAACUCGCGCGCGAACACGGACGAGCGAGCCGGUUCGCCGAGGAGGACGCUUCGAUCCUUUUGAAAAUUUAAGAGAAAACAAAGAAAAAGAGAGAGAGAGGGAGAAAGGAAAGAGAAGUAAACGAACUGGGCGAAGAUCGAAGGGGUUCAGUUGUGAUCGAUGGGUAGAUGGGAGGAGGGACGACGUAAACCUAGCGUUUGUAUAAUUAAUAUCGUUGAAACAAAGUAACGUUGUAUAUCAGCCAUCUGCAUAUGCCUGCGGAUAAAUUCCUCUUUGCUACGAACAACACGGACACGUUCACUUUGCUCUCCGGAGGCAAGCACCCGCGGACGAGGAUCUAGCUGAAAACCAUCCCCUGAACAUCCAGAGGCGUAUCUAGUUGGAGCAACAUCGCGAGAGACUCGUCGGUUCGAGGAACAACGGGAGGCUCGCUUCGAAGCGCACGGAAUCUCGCGGAGGCCCGGGUCCCGGUGGCUCGGGCGUACCGCGGGCUUGCAAGCUCGCCACAUUUUGUAUACCAAAACACUCCAUUAUCCGGCUGGGGGACACUCGAAGGAUCGGGGACGCGGGGAAAUGGUUGAACGAUCGAGCGCGUAUCGAGCUUACCGCGAGCUUGCAAGCUCGCGUCCGACGAUUUUUUAUAUCAAGGCUCACCGGUCGGUUCUCCAGUCCGCUCGGAACAAGCCGGGCUUCGGCCGGGAAGCUUGCAGACCUCUCUCCUCGCUGUUUCUACGAUUCAAACUAUAGAUGGCCCUUUUUUCUUUUCCCUCGUAGCGCGUAAGCUCGCGAGACGGGCGAUCAGGUUCCCCCUGAAAUAGGUGCCUCACUGAUUUUCCCGGGAGGGGGGAAGAGCUGGCUACGCCUAUGCGAUGACACGUCCAGGGGCAUCGACACCGUUUCACACCGUUAGAUACGAACGCUUAGUCCUAAGUUUUCUGUUGUACAGCUUGGCGCCUAGUCUAAUGUACCACGGGGUGAUACGCGUCUGUUGAAACCGAGCGCACGGGAAACAGAGUGUGAGAGUGAGAGAGAGUGAGAGUGAGAGAAACGAUUCUCCCCGUAAGGAGCCCACGAUCCGACCCACACACCGUUCGAAUUCCUUGAAUAUUUGUAUAUAUCUAUACACGUCUCUAUUGGUGAACGUCUGUUGGUGUAGGGACGCGUUCCCUCGACGAGGUUCGCAUGUGUUCCCGUUUCGUCGUUGAUCGUUUGUUGUACUAUAUCGCUAAGGUGUACUAUAUACAGAGGAUACGUGGAGGAUGAGGAAUAGUUACCCGCGAGUGAUGAUGAUGAUCAGGGGAAUGUCGAAGCGAGGCUUCGGGGGUAACGUCCGGAUUCAUCGUAUACUUUAGACUCGUUCAAGCACCUCGUCGCGGGCAACGGACCUUAUCGUAUAUGAUUAUAUACAUACACACCUUUUGCCCGAUCAACGUCGACCGCUUUCGGGGCCCCGAACUAGGUUCCUGAUCGGUUAGGAUGAGCUAGGUCGUUCGGGACUUUCGUGAUCGUUCGCUCGGAUGCGGUUCCUGUUGGCGGACUGCUGUUCGGGGUCUGUCGGACUAUUCGGAAUUCUUUGAUCCGUCUCGCUGGUGGAUCCAAUUCGGCUAAUUUGUCGAAGAGUGAUCCUUCUGACAUUGUUUCGAGGUCAAACUAGGAGCUACCUUUCGUCCGAUGGAUUGGUAAAUUAGUAGGUUUGAAUUAGAAGUUUUUUCUUUAAAUUUCUGAAUACUAAAUUUAUUACUUACGAUAAUUUUGAAUGGUUCCUUGUAAUUUCGGAAAGUUUCUUAUUCAUUCCUUUAUCGAUCUAAUGAUUUUCUGUGAAAAGUGGAUUAGUUUGUUUUUGCUUAACGCGAUCACUGUUCGACGUCACCUCGAUCUUUACGAUUAGACAAUGAAAUGAAUUUGAAACGAAGUGAAAUUCUAUUCGACGAGAGACUGAAAGUAUCAAUGAUACCAAAUGACUCUCUCGCCAGUCCGACGGAUGGUUACCCGAAACGAGAGGAGGCAAUGUUCACGGUUGAUCGUAGGAGAGUCGCGCUCGAACGAAGAGAGUCGCACGUCGCCAUAAUCGCUGCCUGCCCAGCAGCCCUUAAAUGCCGACAAUCAAGGCUAGUGCAACUAAUCAAACGAUAAUAAAUAGAACGGAGAAGAUGAAGAAAUUACCUAAUAAUAUUAAUGAGUCUUAGUUGAGUGAUCGAUGGUGGUUCGUCCAUGUCGGGCUGCGUCGCUGUGCCUCGGCGAGAGAAGAGAAGCAGGUGGGAAUAGAAUAGACGAAAAUAGGGACGCGACGAAGUAGUUCGGAAUGGUUUCUCAUCGAGGAUCAUCUGCACGCGGACAUGGCGGAUCGAUAGAUUGAAAUUACGUGCUUGACGUCGACUGUAGAGAGUACAAAAGUGCGACGCGUGGCGAAGGGAUCGCUAGAAAGUCUACUUCACAGGAUCAGGAAUAAUCUUCGUUUCGAAAACACCGGAAACUGCAAUGUAUUGAACUGUCAUUUCUGUUGAUAGACAUCUGGAUGGACUCGUCGGAACCUAGAUGAUCGAUGUUCUUAGACGGUCGACUUCAAUGGAGAUUCCAUUACUUCGAGUCACGCGUUUGAAGCUUUCACGACUUGGAACUGAUUUUUGAUAAGACAAUGCCUUACCUACGAGCAUAAACGCAAUCCCUGCGCCACGCGGACCGAACAGACACGUUGUUGUUCCACUGUAAACGUUCAUCUCGCGAAUAUUGUCGGAAAGCGUCACCAUUUCCCGGAGAAGUUAACGGUUCACCCACCGGCCGAUUUACGGACUUCUCGAUGUGCAACGUUGAAAAGGAGCUUAACUUUUCGUUCGAUGAUCACGCGAAAGGAUACUGUCGCGUCGCUUAGAAAGGCUCGUUGGCGGAAUAGAAAGAUUAAGGAACCACCGAUGGGUGAAACGUUAGCAGAAUGAAACGCGUGAGAAUGGGGAAAACACGAGCGACAGGAAGCGAGAACGAAAGGGAGAAAGAAAGAGUUCGUAUGAGAGCGAGAGAGAUCGCGUGCGAGUGAAUGGAAGAGUGAAUGUGCAAUCGCAAUCAAUUAUUAACUAUAAUAACGGCAGAAAGUGCGGCGAAUUAACGUAGACAUAGGUAUGGGUCUCACGAACGGCAGGCAAGCAGGCAAAGAUCGACGAGGCUGGCAAGAACAAGAGCAGAAGAGAGUGCAAGCAUGCGAAUUACGCGAGAAUUAAUCGCAAACAAAUGAAACCUUUGGUAGCAGCGCAUAAGGGUAUCCAUAAGCUUUUGGUAACGUAUUAUCGCCGCUAGGCUAAAAGAGAAUUAAUAAGAUACAACAACAAAAAAAGAAAAACAGAAAAAUAUAUAUAUAUAUAUAUUAUAUUAUAAAAGAAGAAAGACAAAGAGAAAGAGACGCAACACGCAGGACACACAAGAUUAAUAAAUAAAUUCACGCGGAAACUCGAGUGUUUCGAGAGCAUCGGGCCCGUGCGAAACGAAACCUCGUUCAAAAAUUCGCGCGCUGUUCACUUGUAAUGGCGACGAGACCCGCUCAAAUGGCGACCGGUGAUCGCCCGUCGAUGCUCAACGAUUUCGAGGCGGCGACGAACGAGAUGGGGGAGAGGUGAAACGAAACAAUGAACUAACGGAAAAGUCGAAAAAAAUGGGGAAGAAAGAGGGAAAGAGAGAAAGACAGGAAUACUUAUGUGGCAUACGAGCGUUUGUAUAAUCGGUCAAACGGGAGGGGUGGGGAAAAAAAACGAAUAAUAUAUUAAUGAAUAACGAUACGUCUAUUCGGAAAUUAUUUGGAUAAUCUGUGAUACUCAGAUUGACGAUUAUUAUCGGUUAUCUCGGUCGGAUUUAUUCGGAGAAUUUUUCGUGUCCGCAGACACGGCGUUCCGCGCGAUUUUAACCGGAUGCGUGCGCAACGAGUAUCGAGGUAUUUAAUAGAUAAGGCGUCGGUUAUGGAAUCGUUCGAGCGACGCGUUGUUGAAGCUAACCUGGAGGCUGUUGCGAAACUUUUCAAUUUCCUUUCGAUCGAACCGUCUUGCAUUCAACUUUACGAACUCUGCUGUCUACUGUACUUUCGAAUAUUUCAACUUGCACGCUUGAUUUGUAAUAUUUCACGAAGUCCACCAUAUAAUUCAUCGCGGCUCCGUAUUACGUCCCGAUAGGCGCACGUGAAUAUUCUGUCCCUCGACAUCUGUAAUUACCUCUACUCCCCGCAAUUUAGUUCUUUCUCUUCGUCAGACAAUAAUCGUUCGAACAAGAACACAGCGGAUACCUGAGCAUUGAUAUUACAUUGAGAAGAUUCGUAGGUAUCGUUGUCUCGCAGAACGUUCCGACCUAGUUUCAGCGGCGCGCUCGCUCCUCGCGAUCUAUCAGAAUCCUCGUAGCAAUCGCACCGCCUCAUGCCCAACUCGAGACGACGUCCGAACGAUCCAAGAUAUUCGGCAAUCGAACCGGGAUCCGGAAGUGGCCGGAUAUUAACGUGCUCGGAAACGUUGAGCCGGGAAAAAAGCGUUUGCCCCGGCGCGGCUCGUUGAAUUCGAUUGUGGCCGACGCGCACCGACAAAUUGUUUUUUAUAUAUAUAAUGUUUGCUCGGAUCAUCCAGCGGGCACACGCGACUCGCAGGCGAAUUAUUAUCGUUCGGGAGAGGCGUACUCGAUAGUUUCUCGUGGGAGGCCAGAGCACGCGGAUUGUUUCCACUCGGUUUUUUUACGAUAUUCGCACGGACCUGGAGAUCGCACAUCCACGAAAUCGGCCACUGUGACCGCCAAUUUGUUAUUAUCGUUGUUAUUACCAUUAUCGCCGUCUUUUUUUCGGUUUCAACGUGUACCUAUGCGUAUUGUGAAUUAUGUCAUAUGAGGAUCGUUAAGUUUGAUAGACUCUUAUUGAAACUUUUCUUCGUCUCUUUAUAUAAGAGAGAUUUGAUCAAUGAAUGAUAGAUCGAGUAAUUUCAGGUUUAUCGUAGUAUUUACUUUCCAUGCAAUCGAAGAGGCGAGUUUGUGAGACUCUUUUAAUGUUUGUGAAUUAGAUUUAAAGAAAGGGCGACCGUUUAUUUGUAAUCUCAUUGGCAGGCGAUCUCGCGGAUGUCGUUCAAAUUGUAUUCCACGUAACACCCACGAGAUAAUCAUGUUACUAAGACUCUGCGUUUUUUAAUAUCAGCGAGGCUCGGCCCGGACAACGGGCGGACAAAAGUGUUUUCAAUAAACUGUUACAUUACCUGAACC